AUGAAAUUAGUGAUCUUAUUCGCCGUGGUAGCUUUGGCGGCAGCAGGUCCCGACGAGAGCGCCCAAGUUCUCCGACAGGAACAAGACGUUCGUCCUGAUGGAUACUCCUACAGCUACGAAACCUCCAACGGUAUCGCAGCCCAGGAACAAGGCAACUUAAACGGCGAAGCCAUUGCUGCCCAAGGAUCCUUCCAAUACACUGCUCCCGAUGGCACCCCAAUCCAAGUCUCUUACGUCGCCGAUGAAGGAGGUUUCCAACCCCAAGGAGCUCAUUUGCCAACUCCACCACCAAUCCCAGACCAUGUCUUGAGGGCUUUGGAAUACAUCCGUACUCAUCCACCAAAAGACCAACCUCAACAACAGCAAUUCUUAUUAGUCUGCGCCUUAGUGGCCGUGGCCUUCGCAGCCGAAGAGGAGCCAAUCGCCAUCGUCAAACAAUCUCAAGAUGUCCACCCUGAGGGUUACGAAUUCUCUUACGAGACCGCCAACGGAAUCAAAGCCGAAGAAUCUGGUGCUUUGAAAAAUGCUGGAGGCGAAGAAGAAUCCAUCGCCGUCCAGGGAACAUUUGAGUACACCGCUCCUGAUGGAACUCCGGUGCGUAUGACCUACAUCGCCGACGAAAACGGCUACCAGCCAUCAGGAGAUCUUUUGCCAGUUGCCCCUGAGAUCCCAGACCAUGUUGUACGAGCUUUGGAAUACAUCAGGACACAUCCACCAAAAGACGAACCACAAAACUAA